UCUGAAUGUGGCAAAAGCUCAGAUCACAAAAGGUCAGUUUUGGUUCAUGGAAGGACCCACACAGGAGAGAGGCUCUACAAGUGUUCCCAAUGUAGUAAAUGCUUUAGUGAAACUGGCAACUUGGUGAUGCAUCCAAGGACUCACAGCAGGGAGAAGCUGUAUAACUGUUUAGAUUGUGGGAAACGUUUCAGUGGACAUUCCCACCUCGUGAGACACCUGAGGACUCACACAGGGGAGAAACCCUUUGAAUGUCCUGAUUGUGGGAAACGUUUCAGUCAGAAUUCCACCCUGGUGGAACACCACAGGACUCACACAGGAGAGAAACCCUUUGAAUGUUCCGAUUGUGGCAAACGUUUCAGUUGGAAUUCCAAUUUGGUUCAACACCAGAGGACUCAUACAGGAGAGAAACCCUUUGAAUGUUUUGAUUGUGGCAAAUGUUUCAGUUCGAAUUCCCAUUUGGUUAAACACCAGAGGACUCACACAGGAGAGAAACCCUUUGAAUGUCCUGACUGUGGGAAACGUUUCACUCGGAAUUCCAGCCUGGUGUUACACCAGAGGACUCACACAGGAGAGAAACCCUUUGAAUGUCCUGUUUGUGGGAAACGUUACAAUCAGAAUUCCCACCUGUUGGAGCACCAGAGGACUCACACAGGAGAGAAACGCUUUGAAUGUCCAGAUUGUGGGAAACGUUUCAGUCAGAAUUCCAGCCUGGUGAAACACCAGAGGAUUCACACAGGGGAGAAACCCUUUGAAUGUUCUGAUUGUGGGAAAUGUUUCAGUCAGAAUUCAAGCCUGGUUAUACACCAGAGGACUCACACAGGGGAGAAACUCUUUGAAUGUCCUAUUUGUGGGAAAAAUUUCAGUUUGAAUUCCGGUUUGGUUAACCACCAGAGGACUCACUCAGGAGAGAAACCCUUUGAAUGUCCUGUUUGUGGGAAACGUUUCAAUCGGAAUUCUAGCCUGGUGAGACACCAGAGGAUUCACACAGGGGAGAAACCCUUUGAAUGUCCUGAUUGUGGGAAAUGUUUCAGUCAGAAUUCCAGCCUGGUGGACCACCACAGGACUCACACAGGGGAGAAACCCUUUGAAUGUCCUGAUUGUGGGAAACGUUUCAGUCAUAAUUCCAGCCUGGUGCAACACCACAGGACUCACACAGGAGAGAAACCCUUGGAAUGUCCUAUUUGUGGGAAACGUUUCAGUCAUAAUUCCAGCCUGGUGGAACACCAUAGGACUCACACAGGGGAGAAGCCGUAUAACUGUCCAGAUUGUGGGAAACGUUUCAUUGGAAAUUCCCACCUCGUGAGACACCUGAGGACUCACACAGGAGAGAAACCCUUUGAAUGUCUUGUUUGUGGGAAAUGUUUCAAUCAGAAUUCCCACCUGUUGGAACACCAGAGGACACACACAGGAGAGAAACCCUUUGAAUGUUCUGAUUGUGGCAAACAUUUCAGUUUGAAUUCCAAUUUGGUUCAACACCAGAGGACUCAUACAGGAGAGAAACCCUUUGGAUGUUCUGAUUGUGGCAAAUGUUUCAGUUCGAAUUCCCAUUUGGUUAAACACCAGAGGACUCACACAGGAGAGAAACCCUUUGAAUGUCCUGAUUGUGGGAAACGUUUCACUCGGAAUUCCAGCCUGGUGAUACACCAGAGGACUCACACAGGAGAGAAACCCUUUGAAUGUCCCGUUUGUGGGAAAAGUUUCAUUGCAAAUUCCCACCUGUUGGAGCACCAGAGGAUUCACACAGGAGAGAAACGCUGUGAAUGUCCAGAUUGUGGGAAACGUUUCAGUCAGAAUUCCAGCCUGGUGAAACACCAGAGGACUCACACAGGGGAGAAACCCUUUGAAUGUCCUGAUUGUGGGAAAGGUUUCAGUCAGAAUUCAAGCCUGGUGAUUCAUCAGAGGACUCACACAGGAGAGAAACCCUUUGAAUGUUCUGAUUGUGGCAAACGUUUCAGUUGGAAUUCCAAUUUGGUUCAACACCAGAGGACUCACACAGGAGAAAAACCCUUUGAAUGCCCUAUUUGUGGGAAACGAUUCCGUCAGAAUUCCAGCCUGGUGAAACACCAGAGGACUCACACAGGAGAGAAACCCUUUGAAUGUUCUGAUUGUGGCAAGCGUUUCAUUUGGAAUUCUGAGCUGGUAGAACACCAAAGGACUCAUACAGGGGAGAAACGUUUCAGUCAGAAUUCCAGCCUGGUGGAACAUCACAGGAUUCACACAGGAGAGAAACCCUUUGAAUGUCCUGAUUGUGGGAAACGUUUCAAUCAGAAUUCUAGCCUGGUGGAACACCACAGGACUCACACAGGAGAGAAACCCUUUGAAUGUCCUGUUUGUGGGAAAUGUUUCAGUCAGAACUCCAGCCUGGUGGAACACCACAGGACUCACACAGGGGAGAAACCCUUUGAAUGUCCUGAUUGUGGGAAAAGUUUCAGUCGGAACUCCAGCCUGGUGAAACACCACAGGACUCACACAGGAGAGAAACCCUUUGAAUGUCCUGUUUGUGGGAAACGUUUCAGUCAGAAUUCCAGCCUGGUGGAACACCACAGGACUCACACAGGGGAGAAACCUUUUGACUGUCCUGAUUGUGGGAAAAGUUUCAGUCGGAAUUCCAGCCUGGUGAUACACCAAAGGACUCACACAGGAGAGAAACCCUUUGAAUGUCCUGUUUGUGGGAAAAAAUUCAGUGAGAAUUCUAAACUGGGGAAACACCAGAGGACUCACACAAGGGAAACGAUAUGAAUGUCUACUGUAGAUUGUGGAAAAAGGUGGUGAAAUUCAAUUUUUUUUACUACCGGUUCUGUGGGUGUGGCUUGGUGGGCAUGGCUUGGUGGGCAUCAAAGGGGAAGGUUACUGCAAGGAUAUUGCAAAAUUUCCAUUCUGGGACCAGCCAGAGUUGGGAUUUGCUGGUUCUCCGAACUACUCAAAAUUUCUGCUUCUGGUUCUCCAGAACCUGUCAGAACCUGCUGUUGAUAGACUAGAGGACUUAUACAGAAGUGAAGCCAUACGAGUGUCCAGAGUGUGGGAAAAAAACCCUUUGAAUAUCUGAAUUGUGCGAAAAGUCACCAAUUUAACCAUACAAAUGACCUAUAAGUAAUGUAGGUUUACACACAGGAGAAAAAGUCAAGGACAUCCACAUUAGGCAAAAGUUGAUGAGUUUAGAGAAGGCUUAAAUUUCAUUUUUUUUCUGUCAUUGGAAGUGUAGGUGAGAAGUUGACUAAGUUCUGGCCUGAUUCAUUUUACUGAAAUAUAUCUCUGAAGUAGACUGUAAUUGGAGAGAAAAAAUGGAAAAUAUUAAUUUGAAAAAAAAUGUACUAUCUGGGUUUUUUUUAUCAAGCAUUUCCCUCUCCACAGGAUCCUUCCAAGCUUUGCCCUCUCCCACAGGGUCUCUAUAGGCAUUUCCCUCCCCAGGACCCCCACAGGUGUUUCCCAUAGGGUCCCCACAGGUGUUUCCUUCCCCACAGGUGUUUCCUUCCCCACAGAGUCCCCUCAGGCCUUUUCCCCACCCACAGGGUCCCCAAAGGCUUUUUUCCUCUCUUGCUCUGUCCCUGCAGUCCUUAGGCCUGACUCCCACCACCAGGCCUCACAGCUUCCUCCAUACCCUAUGAAGAUCUCUGACCAUCAAGUUGGUGAGGAAGGCCAGGGCACGCAUCCCAGGGCCGGAUGGCUAUGUCCUGGAAGCAGCCGUUAUUUUCAGUGUGCCCGGGAUUCAACCCUGGGCCAUGUGAUGGACUUAUGGAAGCAGCUGCCAUUUUGUCACACUUCCCUCAGGGCCAAAAUGGCAGCUGCUUCUGAGUCAUUGUUGCGUGGGAGAGGGAGAAACUGCUCUGUUUCGCUUCCUUAACACUGUGCAAACUGCAUUAAGGGAUUGUGGGCGCACUGAAAAUGAUGGUUGCCUCCAGGAGGAAUAUUGAGUUGAGGAGAAAAGGGAUUGUGGCUUUCAUGACAGGAUCUAAAAGUUUUAUUAGCAACUCCUGCUGUGAUCUCAUUUUCUUGGAGGUGUCUGCUUGUUUCCCUUUGAUGGCUGCUGGGUAAUAGCAGCACUCUGACAUUUCUAUUGUAUCCCCUUUGGUGGUGGCGAUAUGAGGAACAAGUUGAACAGUGGAAAAUCUUUCAUUUGUAAUAAUGCAUUGUGUAAUGUAAGAAGUAUCAAUAUCUUUUGGCAAGGAAAAAAUCGUGUGGCCUCAACGUUGCUAUGAAUGUUAGGGCAAGGCAAGGCACUCGGAAUGGCCUCAAACUGCCAGAUGCGCAGUGAAUAAUAAUAAAACUAAUAAAAUUGUAACAGAAA